UCGGGGGGAGGGGGUUGCAGCGGCAUCUGCGCAUGCCCGGUGCGUGCGCAGGGCCGACGGCGGCGGCAGUCAUGGCGGUUCGGUGCGUGAGGUUGGCGCGGCGCAGCCUCCCGGCCUUGGCGUUGUCUCUGAGGCCAUCUCCCCGGCUCUUGUGCACAGCGACUAAACAAAAGAACAAUGGCCAGAACUUGGAAGAGGAUGUGGGUCACAACGAACAGAAGACAGAUCCUCCCUCUACAGAGAAGAUGCUCAUGGAAGAGAAGGUCAGGUUAGAGGAGCAGCUGAAGGAGACGAUGGAAAAAUAUAAGCGAGCUCUGGCAGAUACUGAGAACUUGCGGCAGAGGAGCCAAAAAUUGGUGGAGGAGGCAAAAUUAUAUGGCAUCCAGGGCUUCUGCAAGGACUUGUUAGAGGUUGCAGACAUUUUGGAGAAGGCAACACAGUGUGUUCCCAAAGAAGAGAUUAAAGAUGACAACCCUCACCUGAAGAACCUCUACGAGGGGCUCGUGAUGACCGAGGCCCAGAUCCAGAAGGUGUUCACGAAGCACGGCUUGCUCAGGCUGAACCCGCUGGGGGCCAGGUUCGACCCUUACGAACACGAGGCCUUGUUCCACACCCCGGUGGAGGGGAAAGAGCCGGGCACGGUGGCGCUAGUUAACAAAGUGGGGUACAAGCUGCACGGGCGCACCCUGAGACCCGCCCUGGUGGGGGUGGUGAAGGAAGCGUAGCCGCCUCUGCAGGGUUCUAGUGGGUUUUUGGUAAUCUCUUGCUAUAACGCUUAAAGGCUGGUUCGUCCUUUCUUGUCUGUGAAUAUGUGACCUCCUCCGAAACCUUUUGGGAAAGCUGUAGUAACCAGUGGGAUAAACAGAAAAUAAGCCAGUUGCACAGUUGCGUUAAUGAACUCUUAAUUCAGGAGUCUGUUGAUUUUCAAUACACAUUGAAUAGUUCCACACGCUUACAGGACAGGCCGACGGGACACUGCCGGACCCUCGAGUAUCAUGAAUAAUGCUGUACCUGCUCAGACUCUGCUGACGUCUGAGCAUCUGAAAUGAAUGAAAGGUCUUCGGGAAGCCUGCCGUUUGGCUGGCUGGCUGGCUGCGCCCAGCUGCAGCCUGUGUCUCUGUAUCUCCCGGUAGCAUGCGGGUUUCCGGGACCCUUGGCCCAUCACAGUUCAUCCAUCGAAGGAAAGGCGCGCGUGUAAACCUUGCUCAGAAAGAUUUGAUGGUGCCCCCCUUGGUGGAGAACACAUGUGAGUUCAUUUACAAUUAAUUAGUUACUAGCUAGCUGCUAGAAAUGAUCAACUUCUGGCUUUUCUUUGAGAUGUGAAAUGAGGACAUGAACCUUAACAGUUCUCACCUCCUUAUUUUGCCAGUAACUGAAUUUGACAAAAUCAGUUACUUUUGCCUUGUCAUGUUCACGUAUUUGUAGAAAUGUUUAAAUCUAUACUCAACUAGUUACUGAUGACCUGAAGGUAUUUUCCCUCGUGAGAUGGACUUUCUCAAAAUCUGAGGACUGCACGCUUGGUAUAAUUUAAAUGUUAAAUGUCUAAUUUUUAAAUUUUAUUUAAGAGGAUUAAAGCCCUCAUGUUUAUUUUCCUACAUCCUGGUACCUCCUUUGUGUACUUCGGUGGAGAUGCGUACUGAGGAGAGCAUGAAAGCUUUCCUGUUCUCUGCUCAGAUCCCGAAGCUGUGUACUUGACACGCACAGGCAGCACGCAUCAGCUUCCGUGCCAGAAGGGAGAGCGGCCCCCCUCUAGUGCACUCACAGGCUGGCCUCUGACGGGGCCUCCGCGGGCAGAAGUGUCUGCCCACAGACCAUGGAGGGGACCGCAGCCCCUCAGGAGCCGCAGCAAGCACACACGCGCCUGCAGAAGCCAGCUCCUGCACGCGCGUGACCUCCCUCCCUCCCUCGGGUGCGUCGGGGGAAGGUGAGUGGUGAGGUAUCUGUUAGACACGAGGGAAAAGGCGCCUUCCACUGCCUUUGCUUCCGAGCGGGGCCUCUAGGAUAGAAGGUCAGUACUCGUGAAUCCAUUCCUUGGAUUCUCCUUGAAGCUGCCUUAGACUAUUUGGUGAAAGACAUACCCAGAAGUAAAGGCAGCAUAGUAUACUAAGGAAACGGCCGACCGGGCCCCACAGUUCUGCUUCUGUACUGUGCAGCUGCGAGGAGAGCAUCCCCCCCCCCCCCCCCCGGCGAUCGUCUAGGCUGAGGGCUGAGUUCACACUACUUUCUGGCAGUGUGCAGUCCCCUCCCGCUUCAGCCAGAGCCGCAGCUGCUAAAAGGCCCUAAGGCCGAGACAGGGCGGUGGCGUGUGGCAGUGACUGCUUUACUGCAGUCUCAGUCACCGCCAGUAGGAAAACAUUGUGCACACUUAUGCUGGAAAUCAGGCCUGUUAACUGCACUCUGGUCAAGUUUUGGGUUUUGCUGACUGCAUCCUGGAUACGCUGUCCAGCAUACACAGUUGAUAGACCUGCGCAGCCCAGCGCCAGGACAACACACCGUUCUCUGGGCCUGGCGCUCUUUCCGGGAAGGAGGGCUGGCGUGAAACGUUUUCUGCUUAACAGAGGCAGUUUUAGCUAAUAGUUUAGAGGGGAAACUGGUUUGACACCAAAGUGCUCAGCUAAGACAUCGCACGCUGUCCCCAUCCUGUUUUUGAAAGCUGGCUCACACCAUACGUGGCUCUGAGAAGUCGUCCAAGGCUCGAGGGGCAGGUGGUAAGAAGGAAGCGCGACGCUGUUUUGUUCUCAACUUGUUUAAUGUGUAAAAGGGGAGUAACAGCGGUGGUCAGUUUCGGUUUAAUACAUUCCUGGAAUGUGGGCCAUCCAGAGAGCAUUAUUUUGAAUAGCUGAAUUACCGAACUUGACACAAAGUUACAGUUGUAAUUUCGAAAAGACCUAAUUCCAUGAGAUUCUGGUGACUAACUUAUGAUGAGAAUUAAAUGCAGAAAUGUAAAGGUUCUGAGCUAACAGCAGAGGUAAGAGCUAAUGUGACCCUAACAGCUGGAAUUGAUGGGUACGAGGCAACUGAGCAUAAGAUUACCUUUCCCUUGUAACAAAGUGUUAAUACUUUAACAUAAAUUAAUUAUACAUUCAUUA